AUGGAAAGGUCGUCAGGAAAAUAUGAUAGAAAAAAGCGAUCGAGGAAAAGAAAAAAUCGGAGUGAAAAUCAUGAGGAGCCGCCGAGAAAAAUGGAUAAAGAAAGUGAGGAUAGUUUUCAACACGAGGAGCCGAAAUUGACUGAAAAGGAUUAUGAGGUUGAUUAUCUGAAAGAGGAGGAUUUCAUGACGAAUUAUGAGGCUGGAAUUCCGAAAAGUUUUCGGAAUGUGGUAUUCGCAAAGGAUGCCGAAUUUUGUCUUUUGAGAUUGGCUGGAACUACCUACAAUAAAGUUUGCGAGAAUUUUAAGAAUACGAUUCUGAAAAAGUUACAAAUGGAUCGUGAGAAGCAAAUUGACGUUCCCUACGUGGAGAAGCCGUCGAAUCAUGAGAAAUGCAAGUGUGGGCGUUCUGGUGUCGAAUCCGAUCUUUCUGAUGAUGAUGAUGAUUCGGAUGAGACGUCGUCUAGAUCAUCCUCGUCUUCUUCUGGAGAAUCCUCAUCGUCUUCUUCCUCAUCGUCGUCUUCAAGUGAAAACGACAGCGAAGAUGAGGAAGUGAAAGUGAAGAAGACACUGACACAUUUUCAGAAGGAGAUUGAACGAAAGCGAAAUCAUCCAAAUGCGGUUCAUCCCGAUAUGCAAUUCAAUGAGAAGGCGUUGGCGAAUGAGGGUCCGGUUUGUCAGUGUUCACUUGCUGCUCGAAAUUCUGGUUUGAGGCACGGUAAUUCAUCGAAACUUUAUCACUAUUAUUUGCACGUAACCCCCUCGCCGUCGGAACGACAAAUUUGUCGGACUUUUAUGAUAGCCAAUGGAGAGGAAUAUGCGCUCGAAGGAUUUUCGAUUUUCACUCAUGUGCCAAUUCCGGAGAAUAUUCCACGCCAACCUUGGUCGAAAUGGUCGAUCGAAUAUGAGUUUACAGUGAUUUCGGAACGCGUUCCAGAAGACUGCUACACAAUUGAGGAAUGCGAUCUGCUGACAAAAACCGUGUUUCACGAGAUCUUCGAACUCGUCGAUUUCAAUCCGUUUUCGAAAUAUCACAACGAUGAUGGCAAUGGGUGUCCGGCUCUUCACUUCAUGCCCAGAUUUGUCUGCAAUAAACCGAACGAAGUUCGAUUAUUGUCGACGAAAGGCGUCAUGGCCUACAUGCUGUAUAAAUUCAAGCGGCCGAUGUUCGACGACGCCGACAUUGCGAGAUUGUCGAUUCAGGAUGAUGAGCAAUUCGCGAGGAAUGUGCAUCGGAUGAAGCAGAAUAUCGUCAUCAGGGCCGAUCGGAAGCCGGCCGCAUUCCGAGUGGAUUCGUUCGAACGUGACGCCAAUGGCAAAAUUCUUUUUGUUCACAACACUAUAAGACCGCCAGCUUACGCGAACUCGAUUCAGCCUCGAUUGCACUAUUUUGAGAGAAAAUUGGGAAAAAUGAAGCAUGUGUUGAAUGCGACGGGAACCCUCAAUAAUAUGAGUGAAUAUGAGGAAUUGAGGAGAAAGGUUCAAGAAAUGCAAUCAGCGACUAAAACGAUGCGAAGUGUUCGGAUUGUCGUUCCUUCAGACGGCUAUCGUGCGACGGGAUUCUUUCCGGAUUCUGUCGCCCAUGUUCUCAUGGUCGUUCUCGCCACUCAUCAUAUUCGAUACCAUAUAUCGGUGAAUGUCCUUGAACACCAUAUUGGGUAUUCGUUUCGGAAUCGCGCGAUUCUCGAGCUCGCGAUGACGCAUCCAUCAUUUAAAGCCAAUUAUGGAACGACGACCGAUCACGCGAAAGCGUUUAUUUCGAAUUGCGGCUAUCGGAAGAAAUAUCUGCAGGAUGAGAAGUCGGAGAAGAAGAAAGGAAUUGUGAACUUGGUAUCGAUUAUGGGAUCUCAACCUUAUAGCGAUUUCAAUGCCACUCCAAUUCUGAACAAUGAACGAUUGGAGUAUUUGGGAGAUUCUGUUGUGGAAAUGGUGGUCACUGCUCAUUUGUAUUUCAUGCUUCCGCAUCACAACGAAGGCGGAUUGGCGACGUAUCGAACGUCGCUGGUUCAGAAUCGAAAUCUGGCGACACUUGCCAAAAAUAUUCUCCUCGAUCGAUUCAUUCAAUUCUCGCAUGGUGCCGAACUCUGUCAUGAAGCUGAAUUUCGGCACGCUUUGGCAAAUUCUUUUGAGGCAAUAAUGGGAGCGAUGUUCCUUGACAGCGACCUGUACAAUUGUGAUCGUGUGUUCUCGCAGGCGAUGUUCUCCUCGGAGCCCGAAUACAAGAUCAUUUGGGAUCAUGUGAAUGAGCAUGAGUUGAAGCGCGAGGAUCCGGAUGGCGAUCAGGAAUUGGCGGAGACGGUGCAGACGUUGGCCAAUUUCAAACCGUUGCAAGAAUCGCUGGGAAUUCAGUUCAACAAUGUGCGAGUGCUCGCCAAAGCGUUUACGCGAAGGAAUGUGCCUUUGAAUGAUCUGACGAGAGGCCAUAAUCAGCGAUUGGAAUGGCUUGGCGAUACUGUGUUGCAGCUGAUCGUCUCGGAUUAUCUCUACCGACAUUUUCCGUAUCACCAUGAAGGACAUUUGUCGCUUCUAAGAACCAGUAUUGUCAGCAAUAAAACGCAAUCAAUUAUUUGCGACGAUUUGGGAUUCGGCGAGUAUGUCGUCAAACGACCUGGCAAGCAGUCCGAGCUGAGAAUGAAGGAUAAGGCCGAUCUUGUUGAAGCUUUCAUAGGUGCUUUAUAUGUUGAUCGUGGCAUUGAGCACUGUAAAACGUUUGUCAGAAUUUGUUUCCUGCCGAGACUUGUUCAUUAUAUUCAAAAUGAUAAAUGGAAUGAUCCGAAAUCACAUCUGCAACAGUGGUGUCUGACACUUCGAUGCGCCAAUAAUCCGUCGCCGGCGAUGCCCGAAUAUCGUGUGAUUCGAUGCGAAGGGCCAACAAAUAGUCGAACGUAUACCGUCGGUGUUUAUUUUAGAGAUAAAAAGAUCGCAACUGGAGCCGCGCAAACCGUUCAUCAAGCGGAAUUGAUGGCGGCGCAGAAUGCGCUUCUGAAGAAUAAGAUGUCGAAUCUAAAGCGUUUCCGAAUCAAUAAAAAGAGGAAUGAAAGGGUUGGUGCGACACCGAUUCAUGCCACGUUUUGUGAAUUUUUCUAUGUGGAAAGUACUUAA